CUCAUCAUCAAUCUUCUUCAAACCCCGUUAUCUUCUCUCUUCCUCCCAAAGCCGCAAGACUCUGCAACUCUUAGAUGAACGAUUCUGUGUUCACUCAUUUACUGGACGGGAGAUAGCUAUCAACCCAUAUUUGUUCUUCCUGCUUCUGUGAUAAUACUAAUCGAGAAAAACAUUGAGUUGAGAAAAGCCUUAACUGAAAACGCACACAAGGUGUUCGAAGAAAUUCCGAAAAGAGACACAGUAGAGGAUAUGCCGCCACUAGAACCGAUUCGAUUCUUGAGAAACAGUGUGCUCGUAGCUCUCGGCGGGUUCGUGACCAUAAACGUGGUUUCCGCGGCAGCCUUUGGUGCAUUUCGACUCGCUACAGAAGAGAAACGGAAGAAGAGCGGGUUGCCUUGUGGAGCGUGUCGUGGGAAAGGGUUUUACAUAUGCAAACUAUGCAAAGGAGACGCAACGAUAAAAUGGUCGCCAUUGUAUGAUCCUGUUUGUAUCAAUCCAUGUCUUUGCCCUACUUGCGAUGGUCACAGGGUACAAAGAUGUCUCAACUGCUUAGGGAAGGGAUACUGGUGACUCUUUUGAAUCUUCCUUGGGAGGGAAAGGAAGGAAGGGUUUAUCAAUUAGGACUAACACUAGUGCGUCUUCUCAUAGAAACUCAAAUGACUAUGGCGGGUCGCAGAGACAGACUCCAUCACCUCCGCGGAUCUCGAAUAGCGAUCGCUAUCCUCGUCGGAAUCCUCAUCGGUUGCAUCUGCACCGUCUUGUUCCCGGAUGGCUUCUUCAACUCGGGAUCAUCGUUUACAGUUAACGAACAACGCCUUUCGCAGUCUACGACCUCUAAGGUAGGGCAGGCUUCGUGUGAAUCGUCUGAACGGGUCAAAAUGCUCAAAUCAGACUUUGCAUUGAUCUCUGAAAAGAACGCCGAGUUAAGGAAGCAGGUCAGAGAGCUAACAGAGAAGGUGCGGUUAGCUGAACAAGAUACGGAGAAUACAAGGAAACAAGUCUUAGUUUUGGGAACUGAGAUCAAGGCUGGAUCUUUUGGCACCGUCAAGAGUCUCAGAACUAACCCAACCGUGGUUUCCGACGAGUCUUUUAACCCAAGACUAGCAAAGCUAUUAGAGAAAGUAGCUGUUAAUAACGAGAUCAUUGUGGUUCUUGCAAAUUCAAAUGUGAAACCAAUGUUGGAAGUGCAGAUCGCUAGUGUAAAGAGAGUGGGUAUACAAAACUACCUGGUUGUCGCGUUGGAUGAUUCUAUAGAAAAUUUCUGCAAAUCAAACGGAGUUGCCUAUUACACUAGCGGAGGUAAUCACACUGUUUCAGGGCUGAAGUUCCGCGUCUUGAGGGAGUUCUUGCAGCUUGGCUAUGGUGUUCUUCUAUCAAAUGUGGACAUUGUCUUUCUGCAGAACCCUUUUGGUCAUCUUUACAGAGACUCUGACGUGGAGACCACGAGCGAUGGCCAUGACAAUAGCACAGCUUAUGGGUUCAACAAUGGGUUUGAUGAACCAUCCAUGGGAUGGGCUAGGUAUGCUCACACUAUGAGGAUAUGGGUUUUCAAUUCCGGCUUCUUCUACCUAAGACCAACUCUUCCUUCAAUCGAGCUACUCGAUCGCGUGGCGGAUACGCUUUCCAAGGCAGACGCAUGGGACCAAGCGGUUUUCAACGAGCAACUCUUUUACCCUUCGCAUCCUGGAUACACUGGCUUACACGCUUCAAAGAGAGUCAUGGAUAUGUACGAGUUCAUGAACAGUAAGGUCCUUUUCAAGACUGUGAGAAAGGAUCAUGAGCUCAAGAAGUUGAAGCCGGUGAUUGUUCAUUUGAAUUACCAUCCAGAUAAACUCAGUCGAAUGCAAGCUGUGGUGGAGUUUUAUGUUAAUGGGAAACAAGAUGCGCUUGAUAGCUUCCCAGAUGGUUCUGAAUGAUAGAGAGAGAUGAAUGCUUGUUACGCAAGGUAGCUAAAGAAAGAGAGAGAGAGGAAGACAAAGAGAGUGUAAGGUUUUGGACUUAUCUGUGUUUUAUCCACAACAAAGAAGACGUUAAGAAUCUCUUCUCUUUAAUAACGCAAACAUCCCUUUUGUGGCUUCAAUUCAAAUCAAAUGGAACCCCACACUUACCUCUCUCUUGCCCUGUCUUGUCUUUUUCUGAAGGAUUUGUUUCAGCCUUGUCUUUCCUCUGUAUUGUAUUCCUCUCAGAGCAGUUUUGCUCUGUCAAGAUUCCUUUUGUGCUAUGCAGACAUUUCCAAGCUCAGAAACCUUUCUACUAGCCUCGAACUCACCACCUCUGCUGCUUAAUCCCGGCGGCGAUGACGUGGACAUCGAUUUCAGGGAUGUCUUUGGUGGUCCGCCUAAACGACGUUCCAAAGUUAACGAACUCACUCGUCAUAGCUUCAGCGAUACAGCUCUCAGGCGGCUUGACGUCAACGUCGACAACAGCGCCCUGGUUCCGCGAGAUGACCUUUGGAAUGUAAGAAACGAGAAGCCUGUUUUCGGUGAAGACACAUCCGUCCGUCGCCGUUUCACGGCUGACGAUUUCUUCGACGAUAUUUUUGGAGCGAAUGAACCAUCAAAACACAUCCGUAGCCCGGCUCAGCCUCUCCCUCACGAAGCCGAAUCUCAUGCAAAACAAGUCAAAGCAACAGAGAUUCCCACGUUUGGUUCAGCUACUGCCUCGAGCUCUCCUUUGUCAAGAACUUCCGAUAUGGUGGGCUCUGCUGCUAAAUCAGGUUCAGAUGGUUAUGUUUCUCCACAAGUUGUUAAUGGGAAAGGCAGGCAGUUUCACUUCUCUAUCUACAAGUGGUCUAAUAAAGGAGUUCCUGUUGUCAUUUGGGGCAGUUCUAGAUUGAGCUUUAUGGCUAAAUCUGAGAAACAUACCGAGUUGUGAUAUGUGAAAAGGCUUAAGAGAAUUGAUUUGGCUACUUAUGUCAUCAAAGUUGACUUAUCUUCUCCGGAACACAUUCUGAAAGAACUCCAGAGUUAAGCGUGCUUGACCUGCAGUAGUGGAAGGAUGGGUGACCUAUCGGGAAGUGAUUCGCGAUAGCAUGCGAGUGAGGCAAAAGCAUGGGAAAAGUUCGGGUGGUGAUUGCAAGGUCAGUAAACAAUGAUUUCGAGCCUUUAGAAAAAUUAACGGACCGAUCGCUGGAACGGGAUGGGCCCACGGGCCGAGAGAGCGGACGUGGGUGGCCCAUUAGCUGUGGGCGGUCAGGCGUUACAACAACACUGAGCGAUUUGCGGUCUACUACUUUUGAGAAAGCUGGUAAAGAUGAGAAAACAGAAAUUGAUUCGACGUCUGAAAAAGUUUUAUCUGGCAAUGUCUCGAAAGCUCAUGAAGCUAAUGUGAAACCUGACAAGGAUAAGAGACGAGAUGAAGAUAUAGUAUUCAAAA